AUUACCUCCUGCGCAUUCUUUUUCCACUAAAAACACUUCUCUCUAAAUCUUGGUUGCACGAAAAAGGCUCUCUCUUUAUAUUGCUCCUAUAUAUACAUAAAAACACUUCUCUCUAAAUCUUGCCCCCGUCUCUCACUAUCAUAACCCUAGCUCCCCCUCUCUCUUUUAUGAUUUCUUCCCCAAAUUUUCACCUUUAAACACUCUUCUCUUUGUUUCUUCUAGUAAAAUCACUUCUUUAUUCUUCCCCCAAAUCACUAGAUCUGAAAAUGGAUAUAGGAGGAAAAAGAAGUGAGAAAGAUGACAGGAAGAAGAACAAAGGCAAGGAAAAACAAAUUGUCGAGGAAGAAAUUGCUGAAGAAGAAAUGCCUAGAAACCGAAAAUAUAUGGACUGCCCUGUGAAUUGGGAUUGGAGACUCUAUUUGGGAAUAAUUAGUAAUGUACUCACACAGAAACAUCAUCUAAUAUGCUGGGCAAUAGCAUUUAUCCGAUCUGUAGAAGCGCUUUUCAAUAUCGGCAAAAGGCUAGAAGAUCAAAAGUCUUUUUCGAUUCAACAUUUAAUAAAUAAUAUCGAAAUCGGGUCACUUGGAUUGAAAGAGAGCACAGAUCUUGGAAAAUUCGUGGCAGAAAAAGGCAUUUUGGAGGAAGCUGAAUGUUCAUACACUCGUGCCAAAGACACAUGCGUCCAUGAAAAUCCAAAGAUGGAGAGGAUUGACCGUCUUGUUGUCAUCAAGGAAGUCGAUGAUGUCGAUCUUGCAAGACUAGUGUGGAAGCAUCCGGUGGUUGGAGUUGUGCCUUUGUGGUCCGAUUUUGAAUCAUACAAAAGCGGUAUUUACAGACCCCAAAAAGAAAUCAAUCUUCAGCUCCACGCUAUUCUCAUUCUGGGCUUUGGAGUUGAUGAGCAUGGUAACUACUACUGGAUAAUACAAAACAGCGGAGGAAGAAAUUGGGGAGAAGGAGGAUUUGGUCGACUUUACAGAGAAAGUAGAAGAGGCAAGCUUUCUACUUGGAGCCAAAACAUGGAGCUAUGGUGUACUCUUUUUGGUACAACAUCACUGCUGCAAGGCUUAGGAACAUGGUGUCAAAGACCAGACACAACAUCAAUUGUUUAG